CUAUAUUUAGAUAAUGUAAUUAUAGUUGGAAACAAAUUGUGUUGGCUAUAUUAUUUGAAUCAACGAUGUCAGUUUUAAGUUCAAUUGAUAAUAGUUCAUUACAAACAUCACGUAUUGAAACUCAAUUGCCUUUGAUACAUAACAAUCAAUGCCUGUUGCGCCAAUAUCGAGAAAUGACAAUAGAAACACAAAAAAUACACAAAGCAAAAUUAGCGAAACUAAAAAUUGAGAUCUCACAAUUAAAUAAUUCAAAUAUUGAAGAAUACUUGAAUAAAAUCAAAAUGGAUGGCCGUUCUAGUAAAGAAUUGUCAAAUAGCUAUGUAAAUGCGAUAUAUUCUACAGUCAAGUUAUUGAAUCCAUCCCUCACGAAAACUGCAAGUGAAAUGAAAUAUUUACGGCGAAGCCGAAGAGUUCCUGUUGAAGAAUAUUUAGACACUGUUUUAGGUGUUAAACAGUUAAUAGAAAAGAUCAAGCAAUACACUGAAUCGUUUAUUAAUAUUGACGAAAGAAAAAUAGAAUCACGACGCAAAAUCGAUACGAUCAUAGCUAUAACAGUAACUAUGUUGACGAAUCUACGUACAACUGAAUUGUUGCAAUUAGAAAUUAAGCAUCUUUAUCAAAUUGCUCAGAAAAAACCGAUCACUUUAAAAUUGUCUUAUAACAAAGAGCAAAGAAUUGAUAUACUAUUAACAGAGACAAUAUCGAGUAGUAUGUAUAAAAAUAUUAUUAAUAUGGUUUUAAGUCGUGAAAUAUGGUGUGACAAUAGUUUUAACAACACUAGUCAAAUUAAGCAGUCAUGUAUCAAACUUAUUUCUUGCAAGAAUGAUACUAUUAAUAAGACGUUUUCGGAAUUUUACGUACAAAUUAAUAGUAAAAAACCAAAACUGACUUUAGGCUUAAAAACGAUUCGCUCCUGUAAUUCAACUCGAUUGGUACAACACAUUGACGGUUCACGCUCACAUACGAUGGAUGAAUCUAUUUUUGACUUGAAUUUGAAUGAAUAUAUAAAAUUGAACAAAUACAGUAUAUUAAACGGUAUUGCUUAUUCAAAUUUAUAGACUUCACAUGUCAACAAAAAAAUUAUUACUAUUUAAACGCUCUGUAGAUAAAUACGUGGCAUAUAACUUUUGGAAUAAAAUGAUCUAAAAUUGUUAAAUUUGAUUGGAAUUUCUAAUCGUUUUAGAUGACGUGAAUUAAAAUUUCAAGAUUUUUUUU